AUGAAGCACGCUAGCCUGCCACCAUUCACCGAGGUUGAAGCUGGGUCACAGCACCUCACCGCUGGCUGGUUUCGCAGCGAGGCGGACGGCGGGGAAGGCGCCGACGGGCUGACGGCCAGCAAGUUCCGGGCGGACUGGGCCUACCGGCAGCAGGAGUUCGAGAAAGCCCUGUGUGAAUACUCGAACUGCUUACUGCUCUUACCUCCCAGUAACAUUGCAAUGAGACGAGAUGUCCAAGAGGGCCAGGCUCGGUGUUUAUCUCGCCUAGGAAGGCAUAAGGAGGCUCUGGAUAUUGCAGAAAAAAUGAGAAACAGCGCUACUAACACAGAUCACUUAACGACGGUUCUCAACCUGCAGUUUGCCAUUUACCAGGGUCUGGAGAAUGUAGAAAAAAAGAUCACGUGUCUGCAGCAACUGAUCUGCGUACAUCCUUUCAAUCCUUGGUACUGGAAGUUACUUGCUGAAGCUUAUACGAGUCUUUUACAGAGUUUGUCUCCAUUAGUCAUUCCAGAAACAAAUCCAAAUCAGUCUGAAGAGGUUAGUGUAAGUGAUAGUAGUUUCAAAACAUCAACUGGAAGAGAGAUUAAUUUGCAGCCUCACGGAUCAGAUGACCAGAAAGAGGGCCCUCGGUCCAGCCUUGCUACAGAAACAAAGAGGGAGAAUGCAGUGACUUGUAGGAGCAGCCAAGCUGUAAAAGAAUUCCUCUGCACUUUGGAAGAACUGGAAAGGACGGAUGAAGGGAAAUGCACAGCCUCCGAGGCCUGGGAGCAGAACAUGUCGAAGAAAGUUGGGAUAAAGGCAUGUGCCUCCUUUAUUAGAGCAAGGCUUUUACUUCAGCUUACCCAGUUGCAACAGUCGUCCUUUGCACUAGAGAAUAACGUAAAAGGUCAAAAAGAAAUUGAUGACAAAGUGGCACGACUUAGUUUCAAUGAAAACUCCUUGCUGUUAAUGACCAAGGUUAUGGGGCAGGAUCUUAUACCAGAAAAACUAAAAGAGGAAUUUCAGGGUGAGGUAAAAUGCAUAGGCCCUUCAGCGCUGUCAUCAUUGGUAACUGCAUCAGCCACAGAAUUUGAAAUCAAAUGGUUCGGUAAUCUCCAAGAUGAUUUAUGUCACUUUGGCAGGCAAUUCUUUUCAGAUAUAUAUCUCCCACCUUUGACGGUUUGGAAAGGACCUUCUGACCCUGGUUCUGAUGAUUCUGAAAUGAUUGCUCUGUACAAACACAAUCCAAUUGUGUGUCUUGCUAUUGAGUGUUUGAAUACUGCUGGUUUUCAGGACAAGCUGGAAGUUGUUCCCAGAAUCUGUUGCUCCAUCACCUCCCCAGGGAUGGAGGUGCAGCUGGCAGGGCUAGCGAGGGUCAUGGAAGGGGGCCGGAUGCACAGGAGAAACCAUCGGAAGCGGAAGGCUGCUGUGCGGAGUCCCACACGACAAGUCGUUGAAGCUACUGAAGGAGGUGAGUCAAGUCAGGUUGCAGAAGCGAAAGUCACUUGGCUGGUCAACCCCAGAGGAUCGGCUACGUGUCCUGGUCCUGCCCAAAUAAAACUCCUGCGUACUGUGGGAGGAGAUAAGGUCCCCAUAGUACACAUAGGGAAGUGGCUGGGGAAGGCGGUGUGGAUUGCUCCUCCCUUGGGAAAAUCACCUGCUUCUCCUGUCCUCAGCACCCGUCUUGACAGCCACAGCGCGGGCCAGCAGCCGCCAUGCCCCGCGGCGGCAGGUGCUCUGCUCCAGCUGCCGGAGCCUGCACGGGAAGACUCGGUGCUUCCCGGCAGCGCCUGCAGCCGGCUGCUGCAGCAGAACGCCCGCCUGCAGCAGGCCCUGCAAGACCUGGAGAGGCAACGCGGUGCCCUUGAGAUGCAGAACCGCCUCCUGAGAAGGAGAAGCUCUGCAGCAGCACGCGAGGAGGCAGAGAGGCUGCAGCAGAAAAACGCUCAGCUGGCUGCCCUCACCGAGCGGCUGAAAGAAAGGGGCAGGCAGACCAUCGGGCACCUGAUGAACGCUCCAGUGCCACUGCCCACCCAAAGCUCUGCUGAGGAACCGUGCAUGAAAGCGCUUCCUCAGCAGCGGGCUGGAGAAAGCAGGGAGCCUGCCGGAGCUUUGCUGGCACAGGACCAGCAGAAUGAAGCCUCACAGAAGGCGGCUGAGCAGUCUCAGGCCCAAGUGGCUGCAGACGACGAGGGCUCACGUUAUGUGAGCCGCCUCAGCCAAAGGUGCGAGGAGUUAGAGGCGCAGCUUCUGGAGAUGACGGGUGAAAACAGCAGGCUGGCUGAAGAAAAUUCUCGCCUCCGUGGGCAGAUGAGCUGGGCAGAAAAGGUUCAAGCGGAAAACGCUGACCUGAAGGGGCAACUGGCGCGAGUGGCACAGGAGCGAACUUCUGUCACCCAAGCCAUCGGCCGUCUUCAGACCCAGCUGGAAGCUGCAGGGCGCAAACUGGAAGCCGUGAGAGAAGCGGCAGAAAGUGCCCAGAGACAAGUAAAAAGGGAGCACGGAGAAGGCAGGCAACCCUUUCGAGCCCAGGUGGGUGAAGCCGCUUGGUCUGUGGGAGAGCUGGUGGGCAGCACAAGAGGAUUCCUCCCCUCUGAGUUUGCCACAGACGAUUCAGAAAACGACCUGGAAAAGGAGAACUGGGAUGAUCCUCGUUAUUAUGUUUUUGGUCUCUCGCCUAUGCCGGAGGAAGAGGAAGAGGACCUAGAUGUGGGUGAUGGGGGCUAA